UAGUCAAAAUAGUACUCCGUAACAAAAUUGAAGUAGUAAAAACUCCUUCAUCCUUCACGAGUCCUGCCCCGGCCCACUCUCUCGCCCUUUCCCAUCACCAUAGCCAUCGCAUAACCCUAAACUUACCGUUCUUCCGGCAACUAAUCCAUCAUGAAAGGAGAAAAGUCGAAGGCGGACUCCAGAAAAUCUAAAAGCAAGCUUGCAGUGAAGAAAACGUCCAAAAAGAAUGUGAAGGAUCCCAAUAAACCUAAAAGACCUCCCAGUGCUUUCUUUGUUUUCAUGGAACAAUUCAGAAAAGAUUACAAACUAAAACAUCCCAAGAACAAAGCAGUUUCAGUUGUUGGGAAAGCUGCUGGAGACAAGUGGAAAUCUAUGUCUGAAAAGGAGAAAGCUCCAUACAUAGAUGAAGCUGAGAAACGCAAGGAGGACUACGACAGAGUGAUGAAAUCUUACAAGGAGAAAUUGAUAGAGGAAGGAGGUGAUCGGGAUGAGCCUAACAAGUCCAAGUCUGAAGUGAAUCACGAGGAGGAAGACGAGAGCAGCGGAGAGGAGGAAGAAGAUAGCGAGUGAACAUAUGUUCUGGUAGGCCGAUGAUGUAUUGAUAAGAUCUUGUUGGCUUGUUGCUGUUGCUUUCAACUGUUGAUCCUGUGAAGUAUAAUAUUUUGGAAAGUUGUUCAAGGAAGUGUUGUUAGAGUAUGUAUUUCAUGGUAAUAACUUAUAGCUUUGGUAUUAUUGGUGUCCACACGCUCUACUUGGUUAGUUGGGACCGAGACUCGUCCUUCCCUACAUGCUGGGUUGUUAGUAUUGUUUGUAAUUAUUAUGAUUGUGUUAUGACGGUCUUACCCUUUCAGAGUUUAACUUUUAAUAGGUUAUAAAUUGAUUUCGGUUCAUGAAUGCUUAACUUUAUUUUGGCAUUUUUUGUCGACCGGCUGGUUAAUGGAUGUUUCAUUAAGGC